UAUUGGGCACAAAAUCUUUGGUUUCCUUUCUUUAAUUAUCACAUAUUGGAGCUUUUGGGUUUGUUGGCGAAGCAGAGAAAUGGCAGAUGCUGUUCUGGGAGCAGUACUUGGAGAGGCAUUUUCGCAGUUGUUUGAAACAGUUAAGGAUGUGAUAAACAAAGCCCGUAUGUUCGAAUCCAUUCUCACGCAGCUCCAAUCCACGCUAGCUUCUUUGGUGCCAUUGGUUGAAGAGAUAAGACGGUUAAACAGAGAAGUGGGUCACCCAGAAGAGGAAAUAAAGAGCUUGAUCAAACAUAUGAAGAAGGGAACGAAGCUCGUUUCGAAGUGCUCGAAAAUCAGUUGGUGGAACUACUGCAUGAAAUCCCAGUACGCGGGCAAACUCUCCGAGUUGGACGAGGACAUUGGCAGGUUCUUUCAGGUUGAUUUGCAGGCAUGGAAUGCCAGGAAUGUGUUGGAGACUUUGGCGAGGGUGAAUGCUAUCGGUGAGAAUAUGAAUUUGUUCGCGAGGAAUGGUGGGAUGUCAUGCGCUGUUCCCGGACCCCCUGAAUUUAUUGUCGGGUUGGAUGUGCAUAUGAAGCAGUUGAAGAUGCUGCUGCUGAACGAGGAGGUGUCGGUGCUUGUCUUGACUGCUCCUGCAGGAUGCGGGAAGACCACAAUGGUGAAAAUGCUUUGUCAGGAUAUGGAUAUUAAAGGCAAAUUUAAGGAGAAUAUUUUUUUCUUCCCCGUCUCAAAAACCCCAAACCUGAAGGUCAUUGUAGAAAGACUAUUUCGUCAUAAGAAUAAUCAGGUGCCUGCUGACUUUCAAAAUGAUGAAGAUGCAAUCAACCAGCUGGAGCAACUGCUGAAGCGAAUUGAAGGUUCUAUAUUGUUGAUCCUGGAUGAUGUCUGGUCUGGAUCAGAAUCCCUUAUUGAGAAGUUUGAGUUUCAUAUGCCAAAUUACAAGAUUCUUGUGACUUCAAGAACUGCAUUUCCGAGGUUUAGCUUUACAUAUAAGUUACAACCAUUAAAUGAUAAAGAUGCAAUGACUCUUUUUUGUCACUCAGCAGCCCUGCAGGAUGGAAACUCUUCGAUUCCAGAUCAAGAUAUCAAAAAGAUACUGAAGGUCUGUGGGGGGUUUCCUCUGGCCCUUAAAGUGAUUGGAAGAUCACUCUGUGGGCAGUCAGCAGAGGCCUGCCACAGUUGGGUGAAGAAAUGGACUAGUGGUCGUUCUUCUAUCCUUGAUUCUGACAGCGAUCUGCUUAUUUGUCUCCAAAAGAGCCUAGAUUUAUUGGAUGAUGAGGUCAUCAAGAAGUGUUUCCUGGAUCUCGGUUUGUUUCCGGAAGACCAAAGGAUCCCUGUUGCUGCCCUCAUUGAUAUGUGGGCAGAAUUAUACGAACUAGAUGAAGGUGGCAUUGAUGCCAUUGCUAACCUACAUGAAAUCACUAGCCGGAAUCUGGCUAGUCUUGUGGUCACAAGGAAAGUUGCGAGUGAUGUUGGUAGCUACUACAGUGAAGACUUUGUCUUACAACAUGAUCUUCUUAGAGAGCUAGCUAUCCAUCAGAGCAACCAGGAGCCAAUAGAACAAACGAAAAGACUAAUUAUUAACAUAACUGGAAACAAUCUUCCCAAGUGGUGGACAGAACAGAAGCGGCAACCUAUCAGUGCACACCUCAUGUCUAUCUCAACUGAUGAAAUGUUCUCGUCAAGUUGGUGCAAUAUCGAACCAUCCGAAGUUGAGGUUCUAGUUCUGAAUUUACAAACAAAGAAUUACACAUUACCAGAGUUUGUGGAGAAAAUGGAUAAAUUAAAAGUUCUAAUUGUCACGAAUUAUGGUUUCUUUCAUGCUGAGUUGGGUAAUUUUCAGCUGCUUGAGUCUGCUCCCUAUCUAAAGAAAAUCCGACUAGAGAAGGUUUCAAUUCCUUCCCUGUGCAAGGUCCCAAUACGAUUGAGGAGUUUAAAGAAGAUAUCCUUGUUUAUGUGUAAUAUUGGUCAGGCUUUUGGGAACUGUACUAUCCAAGUUUCAAAUGCAUUGCCAAAUCUAAUGGAGAUAAACAUGGACUAUUGCAAUGAUCUUGUUGAAUUGCCUGCUGGGUUGUGUGAUAUUGUCUGCCUUAAAAAACUGAGCAUCACCAAUUGUCAUAAGUUGUCAGCACUGCCGCAAGGGAUUGGAAAGUUGAGGAAUUUAGAAUUGCUAAGGCUUAGGUCCUGUACUGAUUUGUGGGAAUUGCCAGAAUCAAUCAGAAGCCUCCAUGAGCUGAGCAUUCUUGACAUAUCUGACUGCAUAAGCAUGACCAAGUUGCCAAAAACCAUUGGUGGGUUGAGUAAAUUGAAAGAGCUCCACUUGAAAGGGUGCAUGAGAAUAUUGCGUAGUCAGCUCCCGGCAUCAAUCUUGGAUCUUGAGCAAUUGAAGCUUGUAAUAUGUGACGCAGAAGGGGUCAAGUUGUGGGACCCUAUCAAGGAGUUACACACCGGUCUAGAAAUAAAGGUGGCUGAAAAAGAUAUCAACUUGAAUUGGCUUCCCAUACAUGAUUUCUAACAACUGUUUUUGUUUGGAAAAUGCGGAAGGCAGAAUAAAGUAUAGCAUUCUCUUCCAAUCUUUCUUUACUUCUUGUUCCGAAAAGAGAAUGAAAUUUAAGUGGAUUAGUACA